CGCAGGAUUCAAGACGGUAGUCUCUUGAACCGGAAGCAGUCGGCGGCUGUCGGAAGCAACGGCGGGACGCGGGAUUCUGCUGGCGCUGCAGCUACAGAAUGGCCGGCGGUGGCGGGAAACGCAGGCCCGGCGGGGAGGGGCAGCAGUGUGAAAAGACAGUUGAUGUGAAGAAAAGUAAAUCCUGUGAAGCUGAUGUCUCCAGUGACCUUCGAAAAGAAGUAGAAAAUCAUUAUAAGCUUUCUCUGCCUGAAGACUUCUAUCACUUCUGGAAGUUUUGUGAAGAACUUGAUCCUGAAAACCCAGCUGAUUCACUUUCCACAAGCCUUGGACUUCGAUUAGUGGGUCCUUAUGAUAUCCUUGCCGGAAAACAUAAAAUGAAGAAAAAAUCAUCAAGCCUGAAUUUUAACCUUCACUGGAGAUUUUACUAUGAUCCUCCUGAGUUCCAGACCAUUGUUAUUGGAGAUAAUAAAACUCAAUUCCACAUGGGGUAUUUCAGGGAUUCUCCUGAUGAACUUCCUGUAUAUGUUGGUACAAAUGAAGCAAAGAAAAACUGCACAAUUGUUCAAAAUGGAGAUAAUGUGUUUGCCGCAGUCAAAUUAUUUCUGAUGAAAAAGCUUAAGGAAGUAACAGAUAAAAAGAAAACUAGUCUCUUGAAAAACAUAGAUGAAAAACUCACAGAAGCAGCCAGAGAACUUGGGUACUCACUGGAACAGAGAACCAUGAAGAUGAAACAGAGAGAUAAGAAAGUCGUGACAAAGACCUUUCAUGGUUCAGGCUUGGUUGUCCCAGUAGAUAAAAAUGAUGUUGGGUACAGAGAGCUCCCUGAAACAGAUGCCAACCUCAAGAGAAUUUGCAAGACAAUUGUUGAGGCACCAAGUGAUGAGGACAGACUAAAAGCUUUUGCUCCCAUUCAGGAAAUGAUGACUUUUGUGCAGUUUGCUAAUGAUGAAUGUGAUUAUGGUAUGGGGCUUGAGCUGGGAAUGGAUCUCUUUUGUUAUGGCUCACAUUAUUUUCAUAAAGUUGCUGGCCAGCUUUUACCUCUUGCAUAUAAUCUGUUGAAGAGGAAUCUCUUUGCAGAAAUUAUUGAAGAUCAUUUGGCAAACAGAAGUAAAGAAAACAUAGACCAACUUUCAGCAUGAAUGAGUUGGCUUUCUUUCGAUCAAUGGCAGUCAGUCAUCUAAAUGGUGAUGCCCUAAUCAUAUCUGAAAAACCACCAAAAUCCUCCUCUGACGGGUCACAGAAGUCACAGUCUACUGCCUGUGGAUACCAGACCUCUCAUCAGGGAGUCCUGUUUCAAUACUGAACAUAUGGACAACUAAAAAUGUACUCCUCAAA